UUUUUCCCUAUCGAUUACAAAUUUGAUGUUCUCGAGCAAAUUCCUUCCUAAUUCUUCACCGGAUCUCAUGCCCGCCACCCUUGUGAACUACAAGCCGCGGUUCCACAGCGGCGCCCUCCGAGUCCGCCGCUCACCCACUUACCGGAACCCUUUUGGUAUUUGCAAUUAGGGAAUUGAGCCGAAAUUCCUAAUUCCUAAAUUGCUUGUCCAGCCUUUGUACCGUCGUCGCCGCCACUACAAAACCGUUCGUCCUCUUUUCUCUUGUCGAGAAUAAGGUUAAUUACUUACUUUUUGCAUUCUUGAUUUCCGCUAUGUGUGUACAUAUGGACUUGCUGGGAGCGAGCUAGGUGACAUUCUUCUUCCUUUAUCUUUCUUCACUAUUCCGACAAGGCAAUGGGUGAAUUCAAGAGCAGCGUCCAUGGCCCUUUCCGCCUUCUGCCACUACCACAACAACCCUCUCUCAAACAGGUCGCUCUGGAGUUCUCAGUCAUACCCUAAUUUAUUUGAAGGCUCUCAUAAAAUCUCAGAAAAUCCCAGGUUUUUCCUGCAUCCUACGAUCUGAAUCGCAUCUUCUGGCUGAGUUCCCUGAAACUUUCUAUAAGAAAAUGGACGGAGAUCUUGAAAUCUCACUCGACAAGCUCCCAAUAAAACGGCUGGAAGCUCUGGAGGAAAAUGGCUUUGAACGCUUCCCCUCUGAUGUAGGUUAUGAUGAGAAGAGAGUCAACUUGAUAAGGAGAAUAGACUUUGCUUGGGCGGUGGAGAGAGAGGAUCCAAGUAAGAAGCAGAAGUCUGAAGGUGCAAGUGCUAAGGAGGGUACAUCAACCAGUCAGCAACAAUGGCCAUGGCAGAGCUUGGUGGAGAACCUGCAGUUGGCUCACCAAGAGCUCUCCGUCAUAAUCGACCUCAUCAACACGGUAGAGGCAAAUGAUGCUGUAACAGUUGCAGGCAUGACACGGCCAAAGCAGUUGCCAAACGAGCAUCUAUCUGACCUUGCUGUGUCUACGGCUACCAAGCUACAGUGUUUCCGGAAUCUUGGAAAAUACUUCAAGCAAUCUGCCAAAUCAUUAGAAGAGCAAAUAGCAAGAGAAGCUAGAUUUUAUGGUGCCCUCAUUAGACUGCAACAAAACUGGAAAAUUAAACGACAUCGAUUGGUGGCUGCUGCCUCUGGCAAUGAAGGCUUUUAUAUUGACUUAUUUGACAAUUCCUUAUAUGAUUCGGCUGCUAUAUUUCGUCCAUCUUCCUUGUCUACAAUUCCUAUUGAGCAUGAUGCAGCUGGAAUGCUCGCAGUGAAUUUGCCUCAAAAAUCAUGCCACUCUCUUCAAUUUGAGGUUCUUGGUUUGAGCUCUGCUUCUAAUUUGGGGAAAUCGGGCGUGACCAAGACACCGGCUGGGGGCAAUGAUUCUUCGAAAGAACCUGGGAAGGAAUAUGCAAGCAAUGACGAACGGGUGAGGGAAAUACAUUUAACCCUCCGUGAAGUUCAUCGAGCCAUACAUGAUGAGCAGGUGUUUGAUUUGGUAAAUCGUGAAGCAUGCAAUCCAUCAUUAGGUGUGAACCUGACCGGCAUAAAAGAGAACUAUCUGCGCCUAAGCAUAGGUCAAGGAGCAUCUGUUUCCAUUUCACUUGUACCAUCUAGUCAAGAUGAUGAAACAAAUGGUGCAUCACAUAGAAACACCACAGAAACUUCAUGUGUACCUUCGGCGUCAGUUGAUGGACCGAAGUUUGGAGGGGUCGAUAAACCAAAGAGAUUUGGGAUCCCAAGUCCGCUUGGUUUUGAAAUUUAUUUGCGACAAGUAUUUCAUGAACAUGUGUUUGUGAAAGCGAAAAACAAGGCCAUGUCUUCGUCUAGAAGUCAAAUUUCUGGCCAACCACUUAAGGAGAAUUCGAACAUUCUUGGUCAUUUCUGCAUGUCUCUUGCUCACAGAAUCUUCUCAAACAAAGUCCUGUCUGUGCUGGAAAAUCUGGUCUACAGGACACCAUAUGUCCACUUGGUUUCUCAUCCGACCUGGCAUUCUCGGACAUCUUCAUGGACACUCUCAGUCAAGAUUCCUCAAUCCAUACUUCAUGCUGGUAGCCAAAUUCCAAUACCUACUGCCGCCGCUGUGAAGAACAUAAGAUCUCAGUUUUGGACCCGGGUACUAGUGAUCGAUGAUUCCAUUAGAGUAGAAGGCGAAGGUGCUCCAAAUGUUGUUGGCCUAUUCAGAGGGAGGCCUGACACUGUCAGUUCUAUUAAUGGAUAUGACUGUGACUUGGUUGAUCUUCCUAUAAUACUCCUCCAGCAGGUCGCUAGUCAGAUUAUCCAGUGGCUGCAUGAGGAAGCCCUUACUGUUGGUAUCAAGGCAAACAGAGAUUUCUUAUCCCUUGCUUUCGAACUGGAUCAGGGUGAAAUAGUUCGACUGGUGGCCCAUGUGGACCCCGAAGAUACUAAGGGAUGCAUCUCUUGGUGGUUAACGGUGGAUGAUGGACUCGUGGAGGAACACAAGCUUCAUCCAGACAUGUCUGAUGUUGAAUCAGAAAGCAGGAAAUUCUUAGGAUAUUUGUCUCUGGAAGUGUUGUACUCCACAUUGUUGGACUUUUUGAACUUGUGCAGCUGUUGAGGGAUCGAUCACGGAUGCUCCUUUAUAGCCACGUGUACUUGAAUUUCAGUGACAUCUCUUCUUCACAUGAAGGUAUACGGAUUCUCAAUGAUUCAUAUCAAACUAGCAGGUAUAAGUUUUUUCCAAGUUCAUAUGCUUGCAAUUCCAAUUAUUAUGUUUUGGAAAUAAGUGUGAAACUAAUGUGUCGUGCUGCCUGAAUUAGCGAUUUUAAUAUUUACCGGACAUCAUUGAUUUACUUAA